CUACAAGUUAUUGCUAUUUCAUCGUAGAAAAAAAAUAAUCUCCUACGUAAAACUAAUUUUGAAAUAUAUUAGAAGAAAAAAAGAAUAAGCGUUUCUUCCACCGUUUCCAACACCGGUGAAGUACUCCUCAAGAAAUCGUUGAUAUUCUGAAAUUCACGUCUUCCCUGUUCAAUCCUCUCAAUCUUCCCCCACCGCCGAGCAACAAUGGCAGCAACGAUGGUUCUCGACCCUAAACCAACAUCAUUGUCACCACCACCAACCCUCCCCACGCCCUAUUCCACCAUCGACACCGUUCUCGCCGACUCCGAAGACGAUCUCUACACUCGCCUCAAAUCCCUAGAGCGCCAAAUCGAGUUCAUCGAAAUCCAAGAAGAAUAUGUCAAAGAUGAGCAGAAAAACCUCAAGCGCGAACUGCUGAGGUCGCAAGAGGAGGUAAAGCGGAUCCAAUCGGUGCCGCUCGUGAUUGGGCAGUUCAUGGAGAUGAUAGAUCAGAAUAACGGAAUCGUCGGCUCCACUACUGGCUCUAAUUACUAUGUUAGAAUUUUGAGUACCAUCAAUCGUGAGCUAUUGAAACCCUCUGCUUCCGUCGCUUUGCACCGCCAUUCUAAUGCUCUAGUUGAUGUGUUGCCACCGGAGGCUGACUCGAGUAUUUCGCUUCUUAGCCAGUCUGAGAAACCAGAUGUCACAUAUAGCGAUAUUGGAGGCUGUGACAUUCAAAAGCAGGAAAUACGUGAAGCAGUUGAAUUGCCUUUGACUCAUCAUGAAUUGUACAAACAGAUAGGAAUAGACCCUCCACGUGGCGUUUUGCUCUAUGGUCCACCUGGCACUGGUAAAACCAUGCUUGCAAAAGCUGUGGCAAAUCACACUACAGCAGCCUUUAUCAGAGUAGUUGGCUCAGAAUUUGUCCAGAAGUAUUUGGGAGAGGGCCCAAGGAUGGUUCGUGAUGUGUUUCGCCUUGCUAAAGAAAACGCACCUGCAAUUAUAUUUAUCGAUGAAGUUGAUGCAAUAGCUACUGCUAGAUUUGAUGCUCAGACUGGAGCUGAUAGAGAAGUCCAGAGAAUUCUCAUGGAACUUUUAAAUCAGAUGGAUGGGUUUGACCAAACAGUGAAUGUGAAGGUGAUAAUGGCAACUAACAGAGCGGAUACUUUGGACCCUGCACUUCUUCGUCCGGGAAGACUUGACCGAAAGAUCGAGUUCCCUUUGCCAGAUAGACGACAAAAGAGGCUUGUUUUUCAGGUUUGCACUGCUAAAAUGAAUCUGAGUGAUGAAGUUGACUUGGAAGAUUAUGUUUCUCGACCCGACAAAAUCAGUGCUGCUGAGAUAACAGCAAUUUGUCAAGAAGCGGGUAUGCAUGCGGUGCGCAAGAACAGGUAUGUAAUUCUACCAAAGGACUUUGAGAAGGGGUACAGGACCAAUGUGAAGAAGCCUGACACAGACUUUGAUUUCUACAAAAAAAUGACACGGGAAUUAUGGACCAUGUGUAGUUUUUUUUAUCUGAUUUAUCUUGGCUCUUGGAUUUCCCUUUGCUCUCUAAGGAAACUAUCAUAG